AAGGCCGGCUGCCCUGCCCAGCAGGUGCUCCCUUAACAGCUCCCUUCCUCCCACAGUGUGGCUCCUCACAGAGACCCAAGGAAAAUAAGAACAGUAACCAAGAAAAACCAACGUCCAGAAUGCCCCAAAACGUUAUUCUCCAAGGACCAGCACCCUGGGGAUUCAGGCUCUCAGGAGGAAUAGAUUUUAACCAACCCUUGAUCAUAACUAGGAUUACACCUGGAAGCAAGGCUUCAGCUGCCAACCUGUGCCCUGGUGAUGUUAUUGUAGCUAUUGAUGGUCUAGGCACAGAGAACAUGACACAUAAUGAUGCCCAGGAGAGAAUUAAAGCAGCUGCACAUCAGCUUUGUUUGAAAAUAGAGAGGUCAGGAACUAAAUUAUGGUCCCCACAAGUUUCAGAAGAUGGCAAAGCACAUCCCUUCAAGAUAAAUUUGGAAGCUGAACCACAGGAUAUGAACUACUUUGAACACAGGCAUAAUAUUCGUCCCAAACCUUUCAUAGUCUCGGGACGAAGCAGUGGAUGCAGCACUCCUUCAGGGAUUGACUGUGGCAGUGGACGCAGUACCCCCUCUUCAAUUAGCACAGUUAGCUCUAUCUGCCCCACCGAGCUGAAAGCAGUGUCUAAGAUGGCCCCUAACAUUCCCUUGGAAAUGGAGCUUCCUGGUGUCAAGAUUGUACAUGCUCAGUUUAACACACCCAUGCAGUUGUACUCAGAUGACAAUAUCAUGGAAACACUGCAAGGCCAAGUUUCUACAGCUCUGGGGGAAACACCUGUUAUAAGUGACCCAUAUCCCAACUCCGUGCCUCAGUCUGAUGUGUACAAGAUGUUGCAUUCCAACCAGGAGGAGCCCAGUGAACCUCGCCAGUCUGGCUCCUUUAAGGUGCUCCAGAAUUUAGUCUCCGAGGAAGAUGGACGCCCUGCAGGCACAAGAAGUGUGAAAGCACCUGUAACAAAGAUACCUUCUGCCAUGCCUGGUGUUCAGAAAGUGCCACUGUGUGACAAGUGUGGGAAUGGGAUUGUAGGAACAGUGGUGAAAGCACGUGAUAAAUACCGGCACCCAGAAUGUUUUGUGUGCUCUGACUGCAAUCUGAACCUGAAACAAAAAGGCUACUUCUUUGUGGAGGGCCAACUGUACUGUGAAGCUCAUGCUCGAGCUCGCAUGAGGCCACCAGAGGGAUAUGAAGCAGUUACUGUUUAUCCAAAAUGCUAAUCUUACAUUAACACACAAAUACAUGCAUGCACACAAAAAGCCAUUAACAGCUUAGAACUGCAGUACAAGUGUCAGGACCUCUGCCUGAUUCCAAAGUAGCAGCUUUUAAACCUUUUCUUGUGGGAUUCUGAGGGAGGUGGAAGUCCCUAGAAGCCAGCAGUAGCAUAUUAUACCAGUCAAAUUCUGCUAAAGUACUCUCUUUGAAGUUGUCAAUAUAACUCAAUGAAGUAUAAACUAAACCAGCUGUACUGGAAUAAAAAA